GACUUUUGACCCAAGCCACUUUGUGUGUUUGGAGGUGGGGAGAAUGGAUUGGUAAGGAUCGGCCCCAUAACUUAGAAGAGAGAACUUUAAUACUGGAAUCAUCUAUAACCUAGGGGCUUAGAGAGGCUUUUUUAGGAGAGAGAAAAAAUACAAAAAGGAAAUUAUUUUGCUAGUUAUGAUGACCUAAAUAUUCAAAAGUGACUACUGAUUUUUGGAGUGUCUGCUUUGGAUGCCAAACUUUAGACAGCUUGAAGGGGCCAGAUGUUCAAAGGUGGAAUCCUCAGACAAAUUUAUGAUCAGUAGCUGUUGUUGCAAGGUGAACUGUGCUGAGGAUAGUAUUCAGUCUGCAUCUGAAGAAGAUGGGCCAAAGAAAAGCCCUCCUAUCAUAUGGAAAUCAUUGGAACAUAAUUCUCUGCAAUACAGUAAGCCAUUAGAAAAUUCUGGAAAAUCACUAAGUGGUUACCAGUGGGUUUCAGGCAUUGCUGCCCGCUUCCUUCAAUUAGAAGAAAGAAGUAUUCAAGAAGCAGCUCAGGAGGCCUUCUCUUCCCUCCAAGCUAAUAUGAAUACAAAGGGAUUGGAAUUGAAAGAUAUUAUUUUGGUCCAUCUGUAUAUGAAGAACAUGAAAGAUUUUGCUGUUAUAAAUUCAGCUUAUAUGACAAUAUUUGAUUUAUGUCCACCAGCAAGAGUGUGUGUGGAAGCUCCACUUGUUGAUGGAGUACUCUUUUCGAUGGAUUGCCUUGCACAUAAGUGUGACGUUACAGUUGGUGAUGUACGCAAUUAUCAAAAACAGAUCAUGCAUGUGCAGAGCAUUUCUCACUGGGCACCUGCUAACAUAGGACCUUAUAGUCAGUCCAUCAAG